AGGAGCAGCGGGUGGCCGUAGUGCCCGGGCGGCACCAUGCUCGGUGUGGUGCACUUCCUUCGCAGCUUCUUUAAGACUCCAGAGCCAGGUGUGCCCCCUCCAGGUGAGGGAGAGUGUGAAGACAACCAGCUCCACCCAGGCCCUGCAGACUCGGAGGAACAGGAAUGGCAUCAGGAAACAAACCCUGAGGACUUGGAGACACUGUCCCAUAAGAGCGAAAGUCGAUCGGAUACAAAAACAGAUCCCUUUGAAAGCGCUUCUGAGGCGGAGUCCCUCCCGGGUGACCUCACUGGUGGAGUUGGCCUCUCCGAAAGAGAAGCAGGCUGGGGAUGCCCUGAGGACUCAACAGUUAGACUUCCCCAAGGACGGCAUUUGGUCUGUGAUGAAGGGCUCCAUACAGAGGAAGAGCUGGAUCUACCCUCAGGCUUAAAGGCAGGUUCUCAGCUAAGUAAAUUGCACAUGUUGACUGCUGGAAGACAGGACGAAGCAUGCCCCUGCAGCCGUGUGGCUAGCUUUGUACAGGAGUCUGUGCCAGCGUCUGUGUGCUUCUCGAGGCAUGCCAGCAGCAACAGCAGCCCCCACCUGCGAAAGGCCAGGUCUAGGGGCUAUCUGGAUGCCCCUGUGGUCUGUCCUUGCUUUCACCGACACUGUGAAUUAGGUAAGAGCUGGCCACAAAUCCACAUCAGGACUAUAGCAGCAAAGAUACCUCCCACAGGCUCACAGCACAAUGACUUCCCUCUGUGGAUCAGGACAAAGAAGGGGCCUGCUCCAAGGCCCACAGUGGGCACAGACUUGUUCCGGGUUCAUCCCUUCCUUGACAUAGCCUGUCAACCUCGAUUGGGCACACCUUAUCUCUUAGACACCAAGUGUCAUCAGAGUGCCCCAGAAAAUCUUGGUGCCAAUGCCAAGACACCUCAAGGGUACCUCUGCUGGCAGGUAAAGACUCUGGUCAGGGCCCAUUCUAUAGCGUCAUUUCCUUUAGGUUGUCCUAAAGAGCCUCUGAAGCAGAAAGGUACAAAUUGGCCCUACUUUCGGGAAGGGACAGAAAUAGAACCCGACGACCCAAUCCUUCACAACGCCCAGUCCCCUGGGCCCACCCAGCUGUCUCAUUUACUUCCUACUUCUCAAAGCAAGGCCCCUCCUUUGCAGGGUGAGUGCAAGCUGAGUGAUUGUAGCUUUAAGAGGGCAUCUCCAGACACACCCUGUGUAGGCCUUCCACUGGAAAACCAGGUAGAACAGGCUUCUAGGUCAUGCCCAGCCCCUUUCGACCUUACUUCAGAAUUGCUGAAGCUCAACAGCCAAGAGGAAGUGCCCAGGCCGGCUGAAUGCAAGCCAGGGCACAGCCCAGAAAGCAGACUUGAGGAGCCCAAAGGUGUUCACCCUGAUGAUGUUUUCAGUAAACAACAGUGCCUGCUAAACAUCUCCAGAGAGGCAGGAAGCCAGACAGAGAACUACCCAUCAAUGGGUGCUCUCCAGGAGGAAAGAAAGCCGCCUGAUAGGGCCUCCCUCUUCCCACAACACUGCUGCCAUGGUGAGGUACCUGUGUGCAACAGAAUGCUUGCAGGUUCCUGGGAAGAAGAGAACGAUAGCGCCUGUGCCCCAAAGACAGUCCUGAAAUCAAGUGUAAUUGGCUCUUUAGAAGCAGCAGAAGAGGGAGUGGUUCUAGACCUCCAACACAAUGGGAAGGCCUUGCAAAGUCUUUUGGACUUCACAACAUUGGAAGUAUCUCACCGCAACCCUGGGAGUGAGUGUGCACAGGGACCUGGGGAUGACCCGGAGCCUUCCCCUUCUGGCCAGCGGCAGGCUCGGGGAGCCCACGGGGUCUCCAGGCACAGCUGCAAAUUCAUUAUGAUAGCAGUAAAGCAGGAAGGAAGGCAGACUUCUACAAGGAAGGCUCACUGUCUCAUAGAACCACAGUGUGGGCACCUUCCAGAGAAGGGGACAAGCGCCACGACUUAUGAUUCUCCCAGGACCUCAGAAAUGUCCGUGUUUGGCAAUGAAUGUGAGCUGCUGGGAUGUCCAGGGGCAGAGGUGGAUGGUGGGGCUCCUCAGCUGCUGGCCCAAGGCAUAGAGCACGUGAGAGUGCCAAUUUCUAGGACUGCUUCGGAUGACACUUUGAGCUCAGAGGAGACACUGGAGGGCGAGCUGCUUGGGGAAAGAUUGGACUUAGGGUCUGAGUGUGUACACACCGAGCAGAACCAGAAGUUGCCCAGCUCAGAACACAAACGAGGAAGGUGUGGCACAGGCGAUGCGGAGAAUGCGGAAAUCUGCGCGUGCGCGAGCGAGGUAGAGGUUCCCCUUUCAGGAGUCUUGGCUUCAAGCACCACAAUACUGGGGUUCCAGGAACCAUGCGGUGGGUUUCAGCAGAGUGUGCUGGAGUCAGAGCAGCGCCCUGCCUGUCUUCAGAUGACCCCUUUAAGAACUGACAUGCCCUGGUCCAGGGAGAUGCCUGGCGGGGACAUACCCUACAGCCAGGCCUUAACCUCGGAGGACUUGAACCCAGUUUACCCUAGCCCCGAAGAAAGGGUCCCCCACAGUCCCUGCCAGGGGGAACCACCUCUACACCACGUGCACCAGAGCGUAUCUCUGGAGACCAAAUCUGGUGUGAUUCAAGUAGGGACAUCUGGGGACCUCAGUGGUGAAAGACCUUCCCCAGAAAGCUACAACAUCAAGAGACUGAAAACAACAGAAAGCAAGAUCAAAGCCAGGCUGGCCUUAGCCCAUAAGACCUUUACCAAUUUUUUUGAGGCCAAAGUUAUGGAGAAAACAAAUACUGGUUCUGUCAAAGGCGAGAAAGAGAAGCGCAGGCGAGCCCAGGGCUCCUGGCGUGCGUUUCUGAGAAGCAAAGAUGCGGAAGGCUCCAAACAACCCGCUUUAGUGAGUGGGGUUCCAGAACCGGACUUUCCCCAACUCCUCUGCUCUUCCCCACCAGCAAACAGAGGCCACUGUGAAAAGUGGACAAUUGAAACCGACAGCCAUGUAUUUAGGGAGCACUGGACACCCCUAAACUCUCCUGCAACUCUGUCCUCCAGCCAUCUGGCUUCUCCUGAACACCGGAGGAGAAGUGAACCGACCAUAAGACGCACUGCUACCCAGGAAAGCAGUACACACCUCUCUUCUGGAGUCUUCCCAAAGUCUUCCUGGCUGACCUCUGCCACCAGCCCCGGAGCAGCACAGAUUGACAUCAGUUAUGCCCUCCCCUGCAGCUCUGCCUGCCAUUUGACCUGUGAGAACCAAGGCAUGCCCUGUAGACCCACAAGCCCCAAGCCCAGGAGUCCCAUGGCUGGGGCGCAGAGGAUGGAUCUCUGCCUUAGAGGCAGGACUAGUGCUGUCUCCAUGGUCUCUCUCAGAAGCGACAAGGACGCCAACAGAAGUUUAGAAGUCCCUGAACGGCCCAAGGCAUCCAAGGCCAGGAUGAGCCUCUUACUCUCUCUGCAAACACUAAACCAGAACGACCAGAAGGAAGACAAGAGCCAGUGCCAGUGUUACCAUGGCCUGGGCACAGUGCCCUUCCUUAGGGACCAUCCUGGGAAUGAGUGCUGGAGGAAGACAACCGUCACCUCUCCAGAGUCUCCGCACCUUCCUAGAAGAAGCCAUCUGCUCUCCCAGAGUGCCCCAAUGGGACUGGACCACACAGGCUGGCCAGAGCCCACGUCUGACACUGGGAUGCCCGACGGAACUCUGGACACUGUGUGUGCCGAGGAGACAGGCAGUGAGGAGGACCUGUAUGAAGAGCUUCACAACUCUGGCCACCACUACAGCCACCCUAGAGGAGGUGGAGAGCAACUGGCCAUCAAUGAGCUCAUCAGUGAUGGCAGUGUGGUGUGUGCUGAAGCCCUGUGGGACCAUGUCACCAUGGAUGACCAGGAGCUGGGCUUCAAAGCUGGGGAUGUCAUCGAAGUGAUGGAUGCUACCAACAGGGAAUGGUGGUGGGGCCGAGUGGCAGAUGGCGAGGGGUGGUUCCCUGCCAGCUUUGUACGGCUGCGCGUGAACCAGGAUGAGCCCGCGGAUGACUAUGAGGCCCCGCGGGCCGGGGCUAGAGAGGCCGAUGACAGCGGUCCAGAGGCCCAGAGCUGCAAGGACCAGAUGCGCACAAAUGUCAUCAAUGAGAUCCUCAGCACUGAGCGGGACUACAUCAAGCACCUUCGCGACAUCUGCGAGGGCUAUGUCCGCCAGUGCCGCAAGCGGGAGGAUAUGUUCAGUGAAGAGCAGCUGCGCACCAUCUUUGGGAACAUCGAGGACAUCUACCGCUGCCAAAAGGCAUUUGUGAAGGCUUUGGAGCAGAAGUUCAACACGGAGCGGCCACACCUGAGCGAGUUGGGGGCCUGCUUUCUGGAACACCAAGCAGACUUCCAGAUCUAUUCUGAGUACUGCAACAACCACCCCAAUGCCUGCGUGGAGCUCUCCCGGCUCACGAAGCUCAGCAAGUACGUGUACUUCUUCGAGGCCUGCCGGCUGCUGCAAAGGAUGAUUGACAUCUCGCUGGAUGGCUUUCUGCUGACCCCGGUGCAGAAGAUCUGCAAGUAUCCCCUCCAGCUGGCGGAGCUGCUCAAGUACACACACCCCCAGCACAGGGACUUUAAGAAUGUUGAAGCUGCCUUGCACGCCAUGAAGAAUGUGGCCCAGCUCAUCAACGAACGGAAACGAAGACUUGAAAACAUCGACAAGAUUGCUCAGUGGCAGAGCUCCAUAGAGGACUGGGAGGGGGAAGACCUUCUGGUCAGGAGCUCGGAACUCAUCCACUCGGGGGAGCUGACCCGCGUGACACAGCCUCAAGCCAGGAGUCAGCAGAGAAUGUUUUUUCUCUUUGACCGCCAGCUCAUCUACUGUAAAAAGGAUCUGCUCCGCCGGGACGUGCUGUACUACAAGGGCCGGCUGGACAUGGAUGACCUGAAGGUGGUAGAUGUGGAAGAUGGGAAGGACCGAGACCUCCAUGUGAGUGUCAAGAAUGCCUUCCGUCUGUACUGUGGUACCACGGGGGACAGCCACUUACUGUGUGCCAGGAAGCCAGAACAGAAGCAGCGCUGGCUGAAGGCCUUUGCCAGAGAGAGGGAGCAGGUGCGGCUGGACCAGGAGACAGGCUUCUCCAUCACCGAGCUGCAGAGGAAGCAGGCCAUGCUGAACGCCAGCAAGCAGCAGGCCACGGGGAAGCCUAAAGGUGUGGGCAGGCCAGGAUACCUGACCCGCCACAAGCAUCCAUCAUUGCCUGCCAGCCGGCCCCAGCAGCAGGUGUUGGUGCUAGCAGAGCCCAGGCGGAAGCCAUCUAACUUCUGGCACAGCAUCAGCAGACUGGCGCCUUUCCGCAAGUGAGCCAGCAUCCAUCAGAGGACCUGACAGCACUUUGUGGACCCGUCCUUUCCUCUCUGAGGCCUAUACCAUCAGGCCCUCUGCCUGUUUUACAAACUGGAAGUGAACAGGCACAGCAUCAUGCUGUAUGAAGUCUGGGCCCUGCCUCUGGCCCCUUCCCCAUGGCUAGUGUGCGGGUACCAGCCUCUGACUAUACUCUGGACCUGCGCAGAGCCUCCAUCAAUGGUAAGCCUGCACGCCACAGCUCUAAACCUCUGGCCAGGCUAUGCCCAUAGGCACAUCUGCUCUGGACAUUCUUUGGAAAGCUAUCAUCUCCAUUCUCCUGUUUCCUCUGGGUAGGAGACCAAAAUCUGUGGCCAUGAGCCACCUGCCAAAGCAGGUGUGUGCCCCUCUGCUCUUUGUCCGUUCAGGCCCCCCAGUGCACUUGUAACCUGAGAGGUCAGGAACCAGGAAUUAUGCACUAACUCUACCCAUAGCUGUCCUUAUGCCUCCUGGUCCCUGUAGACACUGCUGGCUGCCAGACACCCUCUUUACUUGUGACAUGUGUAACGAGAACAAAACCAUACAGUCCACUGUGUCCCUGGUUCCAGGUUAGUGACAGUAGGUCCCUGUGGCUGGGGCGGCUGCACACCCACCCACCCACUCCCUCCCUGUUCACUAUGGUUUCGGCCGCGUUGUUUCUCUAACACUGGAGAAUUGUUAAUGACACUGAAAGACUGCCUUACCCUAGUAAGUGUGAGAAGCCAUAAGGACUGGACUCUGUGGCCCCUCAUGGCCAGUCUCCUUCCUCGUGGGGCACAUGGCCGGGCCUGCACAUGGUGCAGAGCCUACAGGACUCAGAAGCAUGGAGUCACUCUUGCGCUGCAUCUUCUCUAAUCCAAAAGACACAUUUAAUUUCAUAAAGAAACAAAUGAAAAGUGAUCUGGCUGCUGGUCAGCUGGCAGUGUGUGUCAAUUUCUUCUUGUGUGCUGUCAUCCCUCCUGGGGCUGGUGCCCUGCCUCUCCUCCUCUUCUGCUCUCAGCCUAGUGGAGGUGCUGCUCACUAGGCCACAGCCUCAGGGUUCUCGUACAAGUGGCUUAAGGUGGCUAGGGUCAUUGUUGUAGAGGCCCCAAGAAAGCAGGCCAGGGAACCAUGUACAGAGGGUGGACAGACUCCCUUCUCACCUCCCAGAGUAGCUAACUGGCACACAUGGGCUAAGAGGUGGGCUCAGCAUCUCCUUGCUAAACUGAGGGACCCAGGAGGCUCGUGUGGAGCUGCAGAAGCCUACACCUCCUACAGUACGUAGGACGCUCCACCAAAGCCGACCAAGGCUGAACACA